AUAUAUAUAUAUAUAUAUAUAGAAUAUUAGACUCAAUGAGGAAAAUACAGGGUUUCAAGCUGGGACGCAAGCUCGUAACGGUCUUCAAAUGGGCCCUGAAGCGUAAACGGAAGCGAGGUAACUAUAAGGUUUUAGAACAUCCACCAUCUCAAAGCAGCAAGAGCAAAACGAUAUCGAAAAUCUUCGACUGGGGUCGUAAUCUGAAGCGAGGAGCGAAGGGUCUAUGUUGUGGGAAGCCCGGGUCGCGGUACGCACGUCUUGGGCCGGAGCAAUCGGAGGCGAAGUCAGAUCCGGCGGUGCCGAAAGGACACCUGGCGGUGUACGUGGGGGAGAAGGAUGGAUAUCCACAUCGAGUUUUGGUGCCAGUGAUCUACUUCAACCAUCCUUUGUUCGCGGAGUUGUUGAGAGAGGCAGAGGAAGAGUAUGGGUAUCAACAUCCAGGUGGGAUUACCAUCCCUUGCCGGAUUUCAGAUUUUGAGAGUGUGCAGACGAGGAUUGCCGCCGGCGAGAGCUUCCGCAAACAGGCAUUAAAAUAUCGCAUUUAAUGCGUUGAUAAUGACGACAAAAA